ACGGAGAAUGUUUUAGGGUUUUUUGAUUGAGCAACGUAAUUCUUACUUCAUCUUCCAGAGUCAAUUUGGAUUGUCGAGUCACCUUUUGAAGAAUCAAUGGACAACGAAGGAGCAAUCGUUUGAUUUAGUUUUUAAAAUUCCAAAAUCUGAUGUCGACGGCGGUUCGUCCUCCGGCGGGACCUGGCCUUCCGGAGAAGGCGGCAGCUGCACUUGUCAAUUCCUUCCGAUUGGCUUCGGUGACGCAGCGAUUGCGUUUCCACGUUCAAGGCGGACCCAGGAGUGAUAUCAAGGAGUUCCAGAUCUGCUGCAUCUCUCUCGCUAAAGGCAUUGAUUUUGCUAUAGCGAAUAAUGAGAUCCCAAAGAAGGUUGAAGAGCUUCCCUUGUUGCUCAAACAGGUGUGCCGACAUAGAACUGAUGUGUACACCAAGACGGCUGUUAUGGUACUGAUGAUCUCAGUUAAGCAUGCUUGUCAGCUGGGAUGGUUUUCGGAUAAAGAGGGUCAAGAACUUAUAGCUAUUGCUGAUGAGAUGAAGAAUAGUUUUGGGAGUCCCGGAAACACUAACCCUGGGAUUAAAAGCCCCGGUGGUACAUUAUCGCAGAUCAUGGAGAGGUUCUAUCCAUUUGUGAAGCUUGGGCAUGUUCUUGUUUCUCUUGAAGUGAAGGCUGGCUAUACAAUGCUGGCGCAUGAUUUCCAUAUCUCAAAGAAGAUGCCGCAUUCUCUCCAAGAAAGAAUUCGGUUAUUUGUUGUCCAGACAGACAGCAUAGACACAUCUGCCUGUAUUAUAAAUCCUCCAGAAGUCAGCAUCCUGUUAAAUGGAAAGGUGGUCGAGAAGAGAGUUAAUAUCGCAAUGGAUUCAGGGCCUCAACUCCCAACAAAUGUUACUGCCAUCCUCAAAUACGGAACGAACCUCUUACAAGUGAUGGGGAGUUCUAAAGGUCAUUACAUCAUCGUGAUUGCUUUUACGGGACUGAUACUGUCACCUGCUAAACCGGUGCUUAAAGAUUACCUUCAGUCUGCAAUCCUCGAGUCAAGUCCAGAUUCUGACAUCAUCGAGGGGCCAUCACGAGUAUCUCUCAAAUGUCCAAUAAGUCGCAGCCGGAUCAAGCUUCCAGUGAAGGGCCAGUUGUGUAAACAUCUUCAGUGUUUUGAUUUCUGGAAUUAUGUCCACAUAAAUAUGAGAAAUCCAUCCUGGCGCUGCCCGCAUUGUAAUCAACCUGUUUGCUACACAGAGAUCCGUCUAGAUCAAAACAUGGUCAAGAUAUUAGAAGAUGCGGGACACAAGGCUGCUGAUGUUAUCAUCCAUGCUGGUGGCACAUGGAAGGUUGCAAGGGAGAAUGAUGGGACCGAGGAACCUGUUCGUGAUGUAAUCAUUCAUGAUCUUGAAGACCCAACUAGCUUCUUAGACUCUGGUCCAGUUGUUUUGGAUCUUACUGGGGAUGAUGAUGAUGAUGAUGCUGAAAUGGAACUAUUUAGUGACACCACCAAGGUUGUGGACCGGAAGCCCCGCUUGCCAGAUGCUCAGGGUCAAUCUAGUGAUAACAACGCAAGCAAAGAUGCUUCAGAAGAUGAUUACGGUUCUUUGUUUAACAUCUCUGAUGUGAUAUCACUUGAUCAGGUGAUGCUAGAUCACUUGAAUACUGGAACGGGUCAAGAAUACCCAAACUUAUCCCAAAUAUCAAUGCCUCGAGAUCCAACACCGGUACCUGCGCCAUUCUCACAGACACCAUCUCCAAGAGAUAGACCAGCAACUACUUCCACUGGCUUCACCGUACCGAAUCCUUCUCCUCAAUCUUCUCAGGCUCAUGUUCCACCUGUUACGCCCACCGGACCAUAUCUUGGUAGAACCUCUAGUCAGAGACGGAACCAGACUUAUACACCUCACGCACCAUUAAUGACAACUUCAUCACAGAACCGGAGGCACCCAGUUCCAGUUACGAGCCAGUCUCCUGGGAAUGCAACGUCUUUUGUUCAGUCUGCGCAUAUCCCCAGAGUACUCACUAGCCAGCCCAAUAGCUAUAUCUUACAAAGUCUAAACAGUAGCCAUGCGAGCGCUAAAAGGCACCGCCCAAGUAGUCCCACUGUACAAUCUGUUUCCAGAACCAGUGACUUAGUGGAUCUGGACUUGACUACUCCUGAUACAACCAAUUGGCGCCCAAGGAUGCGAGGCAGUCUGUCCAGUUCAUAUUCCCCUGCUCUCGACCACAUGAUCAUCCGACCUACCCAACAGUCUCAAACUAGGCUCCACGGUUCACAACCGGUUCAGACACCACCGGUUCAAACGUCUCAGGCUCAGCCGCCUUUUUCAACCGCCCCUCCAGUCUUCCCGACGCCUUCUGGACCGACAGCAACAUGGAGGACUUGAGAGGCCAUAACAAGGGAAGGUUGGUGCUUAGGUCACAACACUAACAUAACGAACUUUGUAACUUAUCUUUUUUUUUCAAGCGGCAUGAACCUGAUUUAGGAUUCCGGGGUGCAACGUUUUAGUUUUGCUCGUAAUUUAGCGAUCAGUUACCUUGUUAAUGACGAUCAAUAAAUAUAUGUCUUCGUAAAUUGGUGGAGAAGUA